CAAGUCCAAGGAACAGGCGUCCUAGAAACGAGAUGACGGAGCUGACGCGUAGUUGUCGAAUGGCAGCAAGAACAGCUGGUUGAUAGCGAUGAACGUUUCAAGGACGACUAUUAUUGCGACUGAUUAAGAGAGAGGAAGACGCGGAGAGCCUAUGGGCUACGGUCACAAAUGUUUUGUUUCUGCGAAAUCUAACCUACUUCACGCACGCGAUAACGCUGGCGUGUGUGGACUCGUAUCGUCCAGCGCUAUCGCUGACCGUAAGAUGACUUCAUCGCUCCGCGACGACACUUCCUUGUUUCUUUGUCAGUAUCAUCGCGACGUCCGCGUGUCACGAGCGUGAUCCGAGUAAUAUAUUCCAGGACGGCGACGCGGACAUCUCCGGAGGCUCAGGUUCGCGACUCCGGCUGAUCCUCCGCCUCUUUCUCUUUCACGACGUGAAGAUGCCCCAGCGACGACAUCGCCGGAGAAGACGUAUUUUCGCUGUGACGUACCGUGUCGAUAGCGCGCAAGAUGAACUCGUUGCUGAAGACGGUCAACUCUCUAGCGAGCAACAAGAGGAACUUGCUGGUCCGGGACUCCUUGCAGAAGCAGCUCAACACGAGCGUCAUGGAGAUGCAGAGCGCACCAGGAGUCGCCGACGACGGUGUUGUCGGCAACUGCGACGAGACCAUGACCCUAUGCUCCGUGCUCGAGGCCAUCUUUCUGCACGGCUUGAAAGACAGUCUGCUGAAUCGAGUAACAGAGGCUCUCAGCGGUCCCGACUUCGACGCUAUGCCGCAGCCAAGCUUCUGGGGUCCGUUGCUUGUCUUCUCUCAUCGUCAGAUCAUAGAUCAGAUACAAGCGUUGACUCAAGUUACUACAGAAGUUGGGUAUUGUCGGGCUUGGAUACGAUUGGCGCUCAACGAGGGUCUUUUAGCUAGCUACUUUUGUUCCAUAAGGAGGGACAAUUCGGCUCUGAAGCCGUACUACAAUCGUUCAGCCUACAUAAGGGAUCUAGAUCUUGUUGAGGUUGCCCAAAGAUUAAUAGAAAACUUGGAUUAUAUACGAUUUGAGUUGGCUUGCAAUAGUAGCCUUUUGAACUUCUGGUCCAGCACCCCUUUGCUGAUAGCUGGCAUUUGGUCACCUCCAAUGAAAUCCUGUCCCGUAUUCAGUGCAGUGGAUAUUGCGAAAACCAUAACUUCCGAGUUGUCUGACAACUUUGACGAAAUAGAAACUGCAAGUUCUAUCGGUAGUUCUAUCGGAAUAGGAUCAUUCACCUCGUCGCAAUCAAUGUUUAAUAACGUAGCAUCCAUCACUGAGGACGAGGCGUUGAAAAUUAUUCUAGCUAACAAAAAAUCUGAUAAUAUUGUUCAACAAGUGCAUAGCAAUCCUGUGGAUACUGUAGCAAGCGGAACACAGGAAAGCAAUAUGACUCAACAGUUGCACAGUAAUUCAGCAAAUACUGUGAUAAAAAGCGAAAUGGCAGAUAAACAAGAGGUCAGGAAAGUACAACAAAUGUCAAAUGGUAAUGCGGAAAAAAAGGAUGCAGAUAAUAUUGCCGCUGAUAUGGAAGAUCCACCGUCACAAAAUACUCUGAGAGGCAACGAUAUUAUUAAUGACACAACCGCGGCCGCUGUAGGAAAUUCAUUAAUAGGAAAAUUAGGGUGGUCGACGUCAUUCGAAGAUUGUCAGUCUUCUUUAACUUCGUCUGUGAUAUCUCAUGGAUCUGCAAAGGAUGCGCCUCGCACACCCGGCGAUGGUCCUACGUACGAUGCGCUUAUCCAAAGUUACCAAACUGCUGGAAACAGUACUGUGUCAGAUGUGCAAGAAUUUUUUAAAAAAUAUCCUAAAAAGGAGGAGACUGUUGAGGAAGGAUCCAAAGUUCAACCGGAGCCAAAGAUUGCGGUAAAUUUUGAAGAACAACUAGGUAAUAUCGCAAGGGAAAAAGGUUUAGACACUCAAAAUUACAGUUGUCUCGAUUGCGGUCAGGCAAUCGGCAUGACCUUUUCCAAAGCGCACGUGUGUUCAUUUUCGGGUGAUUACUACUGUUCAGAGUGUAUGGCAGAAGCUCAAUAUCUCAUACCGUCGCGUAUGAUUCACAACUGGGAUUUAAAACAAUAUCCUAUUAGUCGAAAAGCUGCUGCGUACCUAACAGGCGAACCGGCCCUGUUGGAUCUAAAGAUCCUGAAUCCAAAAAUUUACAUGGCCGUAGACACCAUGGCUCAAUUGCAAUCCUUGCGUAUUCAGUUGAACCUGCUGAGAGCGUAUCUAUUCACGUGUCGCGAACCCAUCAUCGAGUCUUUGCAAAAGAAGGUCGCUCCUAGAGACUAUUUGUACGAACAUGUUCAUCAAUAUUCCGUUUUAGAUCUUCUUGACAUACCAAAUGGAAUUCUCGCGCAACAGCUUCAAAAGGUUGUUGAGUUUGCAAGGAAUCAUGUAAUCAAUUGUUGGCUCUGCAGUCAGAAGGGUUUUAUAUGCGAAGUCUGUAAUAAUACAAAGGUCAUUUAUCCCUUCGAUAUGGAAUCCACAUUUCGGUGCGGAGCGUGUAAUGCCGUAUUUCAUACAGAUUGUUUAAACGCAAGUAAACCGUGUCCAAAGUGCGAACGCAGACGUAAACGGAUGGACAUGCCUCUUUUAGAUAUGGGAUGUACAGACCUACCGCAUAAUAGCCUAUCCUCUUCUCUGAUUGACAUGAAUUGAUGUACAUUAUUUGAUAUGUUUAUACUGACAAUGUGUUAUCGUCUUUUUAACGCGCUUAAGCAGUAUUGUUUGUAUAAUUUGUAUUCCAGAAAAUUAAUUUCGCUAACGCGCAAUUACCUAUACAACUUUAAUCUUGAAUCUAUAAAUCUCGAUUUCUUCGUGUAAAUAUUAUAUCUAUAUUAUAUAUUGUGCAUAAAAGUGUAUAGAAAUAUAUCUUUAUAUAUCUUUUGUCAGUUCUUCGAAUAUUUUUGUUACAAACUUUUACUCUGAAAAAAGAUAUUUGUACCUUAUUAUCUUACGAGAUUGGCAGCUUCUAUGCGUAGACAAAAUUAUAUACUUGUACUAUAUUAUGAUCUUAAGACCGUGAUUAUUACAUAUACAUGUGUGUGUACAUGUAGAUAUAUAUAUAUAAUUAUAUAUAUG